CGCUCCCACUUUCGUCCUCUAUCGUCCAACUAAUGAAUGGGAGUCGUUGGGACUCUUAUGUUCACCUGACACUGGGAGGGUUCAAGCUUUCCCUAACAACAAGGAAACAAACACGGAUAAAUAAGGGGUUGGCGCAGUCCACAAAACAAAGUAAUACGAAGUGGACAUUUAAAUUGAUUAUCAUUUCAAUUGUCUCUAAUUGACAAGCAUGAUGCUGUUUGAGGAUGAGGUGAGGAAGCUGAUGAACGAGAUGAUGAAAGUAACGAUUUUCAAGCCUUCUGAGAAACGGCGAAUGCUGGAAGAUGAAAGAAAAACUUUCCUGGAUCCGAAUGUGAUAAUGGACGCGAGGCAUAGAAUAUUUCGUGAGAAUCUGGCAAGUUCUCCAGCAAAAUCUUCUGUCUUAGCGGAGGCUAGAAGAUUAUUAACGCAAGAAAAAAUGAAGGAACUACAGAUGAAAAGAGAACAAGCUUUCAUACAGAGAGAAUUACGCAAAUUUGAGCAAGAUUUGCAAAAGUCCCAUCCUAAAUUUUGCGGAUUGUGCAGUAAAAAGAAUAUAGCUAGUUCGGAUGAUGAAAACUUUUGGAGGACAUCCAGCAGAGUCAAGAGAAUUCUCAUUAAUAAAAGAAGGAGCAAACCGAUCGAGCAAAAACCCACAGUCACUCAAAAGAAAAAUAAAAAGCCAAUCGCGGAAGUCUCUUCUGCUGAAUCGAAAGACAGCAAGCGAUGUUCGACAAACGAGAUCGAGAUAGCGCCUUUUGGUAACAUUAAGGUGACCAUCAAAGAUAAACCAAACUACGAAUCGGAAGAGCAGCGAUUAAAUAUUUUAAUAUUAUAUUUCGAAGUUCUUCGAAAGAAUGCGCGGGAUAAACGCCGUCUUUACGAAAUCACGACUCGUAUCCAGACCAUCUUGUCGCAAAGAAAACUGAAAUUAUACAUUCAUAUAUGGAAGAUGCAUGUGAAGAAGGUGAAGGCUGAACGAGAACAAGCAGCGGAAAAUCCUGACAUACCGAAGAUUGAGAUGCUCGUCGACACUAUCAAAGAAGUACAGAAGGAGUUAAAGUUAAAUCAUAGUAUAAAGCCAAAGGAUUCUCCCUCAAACUCGAGAGACCCCGAAUCUCUCGAGAAGAAGAAGUUUCCUUCCAAACCAUUCAUUGUCGAGUCGCCGACACAGUAUCGAUUGAACGCUCAAAAAGAGAUUAUUCGCAAGCAGAGGAUGAAAUUGGCAGAACAGAACAAGAUCAUCGAGGAACUGAAGCUAAAGCAGGUGCAAGAAGCAAUAACGAGGUCCGGCGAGGAAACAGUGAAUGUAGCCAGGGAGACUCUGACCCACUGCGGUCAGCAGACUAGAAGAUCUUUGAUCCAACUGAUGAGACAAGCAGGCUACAGGCACAAAUCUCUGAUAGCACCAGUUCAGGUACCGAGUCCUCCUAAAUUUCUAGCGAGAAUGGAAGCGCGAGCGGAAGCGAGGAGAGACAGAAUAAAGCUGCGCGAAGAAGCACGCCGGAAGAAACUAGAGGAUGAGAAGAGGAAAGAAGAGGCUGCCAGAAGAGCGGAGGAACAAGAGAGGAAAAGAUUGCAACAAGAGGCAUCGCGCGAAGCAAGAAAAAUGCGUGAGGAACGGGAGCGACAAAGAGCGUACGAAGUAGAAAGAUGUAAAAAAUUAAAUGCCAUGGCAGAAGCAUUUUAUCGCAAGUACUUGUUGCGACGUUAUAUAACCGUGCUCGUCGAAAAGAAAAAUAAUGAUAUGAAGAAAGCCGACGACUACUAUAAGCGGUGCUUGCUGCGAAAAGUGUUCAUGAUGUGGAGGAUGGAAACGGAACGUCAGAAUAAUGUUAAAUUCGAGUUAGCUACAUCGUUGUACAAUAGAAAUUUAUUGCGGUACGGAUUGCAGAAGUGGAAAGAAGUCGCGAAGGAAGAGAGAAGAAAGGACCAAGUGGCGAGAGACUUUUGCGACAUGAGAUUACUGAAUAAAUAUUUUGAAAUGUGGAAGAUAAAAACUAUAGAAUGCAAAGUAGAAGAGUUAAAGCGUGAACGUUUAGCCUUACAACACUACGAAGAAAAGUUGAAAAUUAAGUAUUUCAAUAUGUGGAAAAGAUAUCCAGAAAUGAUACCGAUUAUCUUGGAGAGAAAGCGAUUAAGAAACAUGUGGCGGGAAAUUGUGCAAGAAAUAAUCCCAGACUUUGAUCCCAGGCAAAGAGGUGUAAUAUUAGAAGACUAGUGUAACAAAUUUAGAAAUAACUUAGAUUUAAUACUAUACGACAAUCGUUGGCCUCGAAUGAGGUAAGUCUUAGUCCUAAGUACACGCAAAAAUAAUACUCUUUUAUGUAAAGUAAAACGCAAAUCAUAUUACUGUACAUACGUAUUUAAGUAUUCUUUUUACUUGAACUUAUUUUAGAGUGUAUUUGUGUGUGUGUGUGUAUGUGUGUUCAAUUAAUACAAUUUACUAUAUUACUCGUACAAUGGCGAUUUUAUCACAGUUACAAUAAAUAUACAAAUAGUAUGCACACGUAUGAUACAUUAAGGAUGACGAAUGUAAUAAGUCUCAAUGCUUCAUGAUAUGUUGAACAUGAUUUCACGAUGUAAUGAAAGUAACAUAUCUAUUAUACUUUUCAUGAAUUAUGAAUCUUAGACAGAGUUGGCAACGUUAACUCAUAAAAAUAACUCGUUACUGUUCUUUUUCUCCAAAAAUAACUCGCUAUUGUUAAUCGUUACUCGUUAUUGAUUUGCAAAAGUAACUCGUUUGCAAAAUGUAACAAGUGUUUACUUUUUUUGCUUGAUGCUAACAAAAAUAUUAUAGCGUUUUUCAUUGGCAAAAUUCAGUGCACAUUAAAGCCGUUGUACACUACUUUAAUCUGAAUGUAAA